AUGUCAUCAUUCUUAAAAAAAGCAAAAUCUCUUCAUCGAAACGGGGUUAUUUUCAUCAAGAUCUUUAAAAAUCUAUUGUUUAUCGAUUUUGAUUUCUACGAUAUUAUAAUUUUAUCAAUAUUUAAUAUAGUUGAUGCAAUCAAUUAUAAAGUAGAUACAGGUGCAAAAUGUCAACCGUAUAUUGGCGAUCCUGCAAAUACAACAGUGUGUGAACCAUACCUUCCAUAUAAAUCGAUAUAUGUUGGUACCGCUGACACCCAAACCAGAAUGAUGAAUGAUAUGCAAUUUUAUUUAUCAAUGUUACUUAAUGCUGGACAAGCACAAUGUAAAUCCGAUCCUGAAACCUAUAGAACUUUAUGUUCAUUUUUCUUUUUAGAAUGUUUAGAAUAUACAAAUACAACAAAUAACCAAGCAAUUUCCAUACCAAUUAGAACUUGUCAGGAAAAUUGUGUUCGAUCUAUUUCACUUUGUGGUGUUUCAUCUUAUUAUAAAUGUGAUCAAACAUUUGACGAUCAGGGAACACAGGUUCCUGUUUAUCCACCGAUAGCCGACCCUGCAAUUUUCAAUAUGGCAAACUACGGUUGGCCAACAAACUUGGAGAUCGCAUGUUACAAUACUACUGCGGUGCGUUCCAAUAACACCGUAGUUCCACCCAGUGGAGGUCAAUGCUUGGAUCCAUUGGUCUACAGAAAUUCAUCGAUCUAUCCACAUCUGGAAUCCGAGGAUAUCGGUUUCCAUUAUAUCACUGACGACAGUGAUUGUCUGAUUCCAUGUCCUGCACCGGUAUUCACCAGAAACCAAUGGCGUGCAUUCUAUGUCAUGACGGAUCUUCUCGCUUGUUUGUCGGCGGCAUCGUCACUCCUAAUGAUCUUUACCUAUGGAGUGCUUAAUAGAGAGAGAACCAGUUAUGAAUCGAUUCUUGUUUUCCAAAAUUCAUCUAUUUUCCUCCGUUCGUUGGCAGGUGUUAUGAUAGCAUUUGCCGGAGGUUCUGAAAAAAUGAUGUGUCCAGAGCCUGGACGUAACAUGACCGAGCACGAUCCACUCUGUUCUGCAAGUGGUAUCUUUUUCUAUGGAUUUUCUUUUUACGCUAUUUUAUGGUGGACUUUUAUGGUUUAUGAUUUAUGGUGUAUCUUGAGAAGAUAUCGUCAAUUAUCAUUAGUAUUCUUUUUUAUUGUAUCAACAGCACUUACCAUUGCUGUAACUUUUGUUGCUCAUUUUAAAGGUGGAUGGGUAGCAGAUAAAGGAAAUGUUAUUUGUUGGAUUGCAGAUAAUGAUUAUAGUUAUGGUAUUUUUUGGGCACCAAUGGGAUUUUGUCUUUUAUUAGGAACAAUAUGGAUAUUUUGGAUUGUAAUUGAAAUUUAUAUUAUGAUUAAAACAACAAAUGUUGGAUCAGAUUUAGUCAAGAAAUUUGUAAAAGCACAAAUUGGACCAUUGGUAUACAUCUUUAUUUUCUAUGCAACCUAUUUGUAUAUAUUUAUUUAUAAUCAAUCGUAUCAUUUGGCGUACCAGUCGAUCAAGGCAGAAGGUGCUCUACAGUACUUCAGAUGUAUUUCCAAUGCCAAUAGAGUUGGCACCGAUCCAACUGAUUGUGUUGUAGAAGGUCCAAAGAUUGGAUCCUACGGUACAUUUGCAAUCACUCUCCAUAUCUUUGGUUUAUACACUCUGUUCUAUGCAUUUAACGAUAAGUUUGUUGCCAUCUGGCGCGAUGCAAUCAAGAGAUUCCUCCACUGGUUACCAUUCACCAGAAAUUCGAGUGUCUCCACAUUCUUUGGAUCGUCAGUCACCACCACCUCUGGAUCUGGUGUAUCUUCGACUCUCUCAUCAGGAGAGAUGUCUUCCAUUAGCUUACUUCCAAUGAGUCAAUAUAAGAAUUCACAUGUGAAUUCCAGUUAUAAUACAUUUGAAAAUAUUAAUAGUAGCAGCAGUAAUAACAAUAUUAGUACAAUUACAUUGGAAAAUGAAAUUCCAUUACAGGAAUUUUCUUCUAAUAUAGAACAACAAACACAACCACCCGAAAAUGUAGAUACUAAUAAUAAUAAUAAUAGUGUCAACCUAACUAUUCUUCCUGAAGAACAACAGCAGAAGAAUGAUGUAUCAAUAGUAAAUGAAAACUCAUCAGAGCAACCAACAAACAGUAAUAAUAUUGCUGUUGAUUUAGAUGUGAAAGUCGAAUCACCACCAAUAACAGAUACCUCAAAUGAAUCUUUUAAUAUUUCAACAAAUCAAACAUCCAAUGUUGUAGAAGAUAAAGAAAACACCGAAACAACACCAUAA